GUCUCUAGCCUUCCAACAAUCUCAGAGAUGGAAUCAGUCUCUUCUUGGGGAAACACGCCUCUUGUCUCCGUCGAUCCCGAGAUCCACGACCUAAUCGAGAAGGAGAAACAUCGGCAAUGUCGAGGAAUCGAACUCAUAGCCGCCGAGAAUUUCACUUCCUUGGCUGUCAUGGAAGCUCUUGGAAGUGCCUUAACCAACAAAUACUCGGAAGGUAUGCCUGGUAAUCGUUACUACGGAGGUACCGAGUUCAUCGAUGAGAUCGAGAGUCUCUGCCGCUCACGCGCUCUCGAGGCUUUCCAUUGUGAUCCAGAGAAAUGGGGCGUUAAUGUUCAGCCUUACUCUGGUUCUCCUGCAAACUUCGCCGCCUACACGGCCUUGCUCCAGCCUCAUGAUCGUAUCAUGAGGCUUGAUCUGCCUUCAGGUGGUCAUCUAACGCAUGGUUACUAUACCUCUGGUGGGAAGAAUAUAUCCGCGACCUCGAUCUACUUCGAAAACCUUCUGUACAAGGUGGAUUCCACCACUGGUUACAUUGAUUACGACAAGCUUGAGGAGAAAGCAAUGGAUUUUAGGCCUAAGUUAAUCAUCUGUGGAGGCACUUCUUACCCUAGGGAAUGGGAUUACGCGAGGUUCAAAGUUGUCGCGGACAAGGUUGGAGCUUUUUUGCUUUGUGAUAUGGCUCACAACAGCGCCCUCAUUGCUGCUCAGGAAGCUGCAGACCCGUUCGAGUACUGUGACGUUGUGACAACCUCAACUCACAAGAGUUUGAGAGGUCCAAGGGCUGGUAUGAUCUUUUAUAGAAAGGGCCCAAAACCAGCCAAGAAGGGCCAACCCGAGGGUGAAGUCUACGAUUUUGACAAAAAAAUCAACUUUGCGGUGUUCCCUGCGCUUCAAAGUGGUCCUCACAAUAACAAGAUUGGUGCUCUAGCUGUUGCGUUGAAGCAGGCUAUGGCUCCUGGUUUCAAGGUUUAUGCAAAACAGGUGAAAGCCAAUGCUGCUUGCCUUGCAAACUACCUAAUGGGAAAGGGAUAUUGUAUUGUAACCGGUGGAACUGAUAACCACCUUCUUCUUUGGGAUCUUCGCCCUCUUGGAUUGACCGGCAACAAGGUUGAGAAGGUUAGUGAAUUGGGCUACAUUACUUUGAACAGGAAUGCGGUAUUCGGAGACACUAGUUUUCUUGCUCCUGGAGGUGUAAGAAUCGGUACACCCGCGAUGACAUCGAGAGGAUUGGUGGAGAAGGACUUUGAGAAGAUAGGAGAGUUCCUGAGCCGUGCCGUGGCACUCACGUUGGACAUCCAGAAUCAGUACGGUAAGGUGUUGAAGGACUUUAACAAGGGUUUAGUGAACAACAAGGAGAUCGAUGAGCUCAAGACUGAUGUCGAGAAAUUCAUGUAUGCUUUUGAAAUGCCUGGAUCUCUCAUCUCUGAGACAAAAAACGAUUAGAGAUCAAUCUCUUUACACAAGAG